GAAAGAAGACACUGGAACGGCUUUUAUACGUAGUUAUUCCCGCGGACAAGUGACACCUCUUGAAUACUAAAGUAGACACUGGAACUGCGAACUGCCAUAUUGCCAACCCAGAAUCUGAAACAUUGAAAGAGAAAGUUUGACAAAAUGCUAAUAGCAAAGGGCGAUGUUCGUCAGCAAGUGCAUUACAAGCGGCGUUCGGUCCAGACGAUGGGUGAUAGUUUCCUAUCUACUGUAAUCCUGAAAUACAGAAGACCCAAUAACCUAUCGCACAAUGUGUACCACUGUAUACGUGAACUGUUUGGGCCUCUUGCUUACGCAACUUAACUAGAGGUAUCAGUUGUGGUGCAAGUAUCACUGUUGAAAUCGUUCGUAUAAAUAGGAACAUGAAUCAAAUUCUCAAUAGACUCUUACUGCACGUGUUUCUUGGCGUGUUAUUUGCAAAACUGCCUGCUAUUAUAGCCCGUUCAUACAAAGCUGCUGUUAUCGAAUAUUCUCCAACGGGAAGUGUAUUCAGCCAAACUCCGACGGAAGUACUGGGUCAAAACCUGAACAACUACAAUCAGUUGAUUGCCGAGGCUGCAUCUUUAGGUGCGGACAUAAUCGUUUUUCCUGAGUAUGGGUUAACAACACUGUCGCUAUCUUCUCUGUCACGGUUAGCUGCCCGGCCUUUUCUACAACAAUUUCCGUCCAUCAACACCUCUGUACCUCAACUUUCUUGCGAUGGCAACAAAACAGUUCCUGACAACGAAAUAGUUUUCACAGGACUAAGUUGCUACGCACGCCGAAAUGCUAUUUACGUGGUGGCUAAUGUUGGCGAAAUAGUGAUGUGCCCUUCUGGCCAGAAUACUACAGAAAAUGGAGUGUGUCCGGAAGACGGCGCAUUCCAAUAUAGCAGCAACGUCGUCUUUGACAGAAACGGCGUAUUAAUUGCCCGGUAUAGAAAAACUCACCUAUUUCUGGAGCCUUUAUUUCAGUCGCCAAUAAUUACCGAUCUUACUGUUUUCCCCACUGAUUUUGGAGUAAAUUUUGGACUGAUGACAUGCUUCGAUAUUAUGUUUUACGAACCAGCUUUGUCUCUCUACUACCAACAAGGGAUCAGAAAUUUCAUCUUUCCUACGGCCUGGGUAGACGAACUACCAUUCCUAACUGCCAUUCAGAAACAAAAGGCUUGGGCCCGCUUCCUAGGGGCAACUCUGUUAGCUUCUAAUUAUCAUCUGCCGGCUAAUGGUCAAAUCGGCAGUGGCAUUUACGAUGCUGCCGGUGCAAUCAGUUAUAUAUCUAGUCCGGAUUCGGGAACGCGAAUUAUUGCGGCACAAGUCGGGAACAAAGAGGAUAGUCCGCGCGGAGAAGUCUGCCCAAAAGAGAUACUCCAGAAUUCCACUGCACGUUGGAUGGAGCCACAUGGAAUGUUGUAUGAAGACUUAACCAACUAUUCUAGCAUGGAGCUCAUAGCUGGUGUUGCUCAAACUGCCUUCUUAUGCCAUGACGAUUUGUGUUGCCAAUUAAACUACUCCAUUUCGUGUCCCUCGAAUGAGAUUUGUGACCAGUACCGGCUGUUCACCUACAGUGGAUUCCGAACCCUAGGUGGCGGCGUGUAUACAGUGAACAUUCAGUUGUGUGGAGUUGUUGCUUGCACUGAUCAAAACGUAAAAAGCUGCGCCAAGCCAGAUGUAAUCAAUUUGGCGCAAAUAGAUGCGCUGGAUUUAUCAGGAAAUUUUUCAUCAGCGCGUCAAGUUUAUCCUACUUCGAUUACCAAAGAUUUGCAGCUUUUGCCAGCCGGAAGUCUAGAUCUCAACUUCUACGGUGACGGUGCCAUCGGCUUGAUUACUUCCCUCCCCUUGUCGGAGGCUUUAGCUAUUGGUCUUUAUGGAAGAGCGUACAGCAAAGAUAUUGACGGAAAGUAAAGAAUAAAAGUGCUUGGCCGUGUACACGAAAUUUACUUGGGUAGUUUUCUUCAGUCGGCUGGAUAAAUAUUCUUUCCACCACGAGAAAUAAAUAGCUCAUUUGACAA